UUGACUUUUGCGCUAACGAACGUCGUGGAGAACGCAAGAACACAAAAAAGGGACGCUACAACGCUUAAAACAAAAAUACUUAAUAGAACAAAUAAAUAUAAAUCGUGCUAAGCAUAACAGGUACGCAAUAUGCUUGGCGCUACAAUUAACACACAAAUGACAACGAUGCGCAAAAGCGCCGCUGCCGUCGCGGCCUUGGCAAACAACAAAGGACAACAAGCAGAGAGGCAGCAACAAGUGCCGCAACAGGUUGCCUCCAAUUUAACAGAAAUUAUAACAAAAUUGCAAUUGGAUUAUGGCAACUACAAGUACACUGUCUAUCGUUGUGCUAGCAAGUUUGUGGCACUGCAAAAAAUCUUUCACACUAGCAAGAUACCCUAUAAAUUGGUGCUGGCCAUACUGGAACGCCAUGGGAUGCCCGUGAGCAGCGGUAAUUGUAAUCUGAAUCUGAUGGUGCCGCCCUUUCAGCUCACCUCGCUGCUGCACGACAUUUAUUUCGCCUGCGAGAAGCUGGGACACUUUAACAAAACACAAAGCUAUCAGCUGGAAGCGGCAACAGCGCUGUUGGCCAAUUUCUUUUGGAAUGUCUACGAUCCUCAACGGCAUCACUCCAUCUCGCUGCUGGAGAUCAGGGUGACAUUUCUGCUGCUCUGCAAGCUAUACAGCAGCGAGCAUAUGGUUGGCGACUUCUACAGCCUGCUAGCCGAUGUCAAAUCCCAGUGUGUGUCACGUUACGCCUUCGAACAGCUGCUGCACACGCUCAGCAAGCUGCUGAGCUACCUGGGCGAGUCGAAGGCCUAUGGGCCGCACAAUUUACAGCCCAUGAUGGAGCAGUCCUUCGCACGUUGUCAUCACGGACUCGCUGGCCUCAACGAGCAGCAGUUUCACAAUCUGUGGACGCACACGCAGACGCGAUUCCUUAUCUAUGGCAAUCUGUUGGCGCUGAUCAAGCGCAUCGAGGAUACGGAGCAUCUGAUACACAGCAAUCAGUGUGCCGGCUGUCGCAUAGAGCACAUCAUUGGCAUCCGGUUCAAGUGUCAGGUGUGUCGCGAUCUGUCGCUGUGUUUGCCAUGCUUUGCCGCUGCCGCGCAUGUCAGCGGCAAGCAUGAGGCAUCGCAUCGCAUGUGCGAAGUGUUCGUUGAGGAUCAGCCGCAACCGCAGCGCUGGACAAACUAUUUGUCGCGCCUCUGCGGCUGGUUUGCCUUUGCGCAGAAGACACAACGUGCCGAGGCGGAGGAGGAAGAACGUCGCGGCUUUUGCAAUGCUCAGGAAAGCGGCGCCGGCGUCUGUCAGCCCAACAAUGCCACCGAACUGACGCCCAUACCAGCCGAGACGCGCAGCAUACGCAGCAACUCAACGCUGCGCCUAAAGGCGCCUCCAAAUGAGAAACCACAGCAGCAGCCGCAACAGCAGUCGCCACCGCAACAGGAGCUAUGCUCCUUAACGGGCCUGGCCAGCAAUGCAUCGGAACGCCUGCAAUCCAUCAUCGACCGUCUGUUGCUGCAAAAUGCCAAGCUGGAAACGCAGCUGCAACUGCUGUCCAGCACGUCGAGCGCUCAAAUAUCCGAGUUUCUAAGCGCCCAUCAGAGUUUUUUGCUGCACAUCAUUGAGGAUAUGCGUCAACUAUCGGUAUGCCCGGCACACUGGCAGCCAUAUACAUAUUGUAUUAAAAAAAUUUGUAUAUAUUCGCAGCGUGCCUCGUCUGCCGCGCCGCUGAUCAGCUCCACGUUCUUAAAUUCCAGCACGCCGCAACGCCUGCCGCUGCCCGUGGCACCAGCUGUAUAUGAUAUGUACGCGCCUGUGGGCGCCAAUUUAACACAUUCCAUCAAUGGCGCCGAGCUGAAUCGCAGCUAUUUGGAGGCCAACAAAUCGGAUUACUCGCUAAGCGACAUUAGCCUGUGGUUCGAUCAGCGUCGUUCCAGUUUGCUGCCUACAGCCGGUGCACAGCCGGCGGCUCUUUCGCUGCCCAUGCCGCUGGGUGCGCUCCUGGAGCAAUCGGUGAAUGUGGACAUGCGGGACACGGAAAUGGUGAACUUUAAGCUGCUGCUAAACAAGGUCAAGGAAAUUGUCGAGGACUCGUACAGUGACAAUGCGGAGCUGUCGGCGGCCACACAGAAUCUGGAGAAUGUGCUCGACAACAUCAUCAAGAGCGAGGAGCAGCAGCGACGCAGCAGCUGCAGUGCCACAAGCUCUCAGCGUGCAAUGCCCUGAA